CUUGACGUCUGGUGCGUGUUGCCGUCACGUGACCGGCGCGCCAGCUGAGCCCGGGCAGGAGGGCGGCGGCGGACAUUUUGUGAGGAGCAGCCGGAAGCACCGGCAGGUCUUAAUCAUUAUGGGAAGGGAGGACUAACCACGAUUCUACCAUGAUUGGAGGCUUAUUCAUUUAUAAUCACAAGGGAGAAGUUCUCAUCUCCAGAGUCUACAGAGAUGAUAUUGGACGGAAUGCAGUGGAUGCUUUCCGUGUCAACGUCAUCCAUGCCAGGCAGCAAGUGCGUUCACCAGUCACCAACAUUGCACGUACCAGCUUCUUCCAUGUUAAGCGUUCGAAUAUCUGGCUGGCUGCCGUCACUAAGCAGAAUGUUAAUGCAGCCAUGGUUUUUGAGUUUCUGUACAAAAUGUGUGAUGUUAUGACUUCGUACUUUGGAAAGAUCAGUGAAGAAAAUAUCAAGAACAACUUUGUCCUCAUCUAUGAACUACUGGAUGAAAUCUUGGAUUUCGGUUACCCGCAAAAUUCUGAGACUGGAGCCUUGAAAACAUUCAUUACCCAACAAGGAAUCAAAAGUCAGACCAAGGAGGAACAGUCACAGAUCACAAGCCAGGUAACUGGACAGAUUGGAUGGAGGCGUGAAGGGAUCAAGUAUCGACGGAAUGAACUUUUCCUGGAUGUUCUGGAGAGUGUCAACCUGUUAAUGUCACCUCAAGGUCAGGUUCUAAGUGCACAUGUCUCGGGCAGGGUGGUAAUGAAGAGUUAUUUGAGUGGAAUGCCAGAAUGCAAGUUUGGAAUGAAUGACAAGAUUGUGAUCGAGAAGCAAGGGAAAGGAACAGCUGAUGAGACCACAAAAAGUGGUAAGCAAUCCAUAGCAAUUGAUGACUGCACAUUCCACCAAUGCGUAAGGCUCAGCAAGUUUGAAUCUGAAAGGAGCAUUAGCUUUAUACCACCAGAUGGAGAAUAUGAACUCAUGAGGUAUCGAACCACUAAAGACAUCAUCCUACCAUUCCGUGUGAUUCCAUUGGUCAGAGAAGUUGGUCGCACUAAACUCGAAGUGAAAGUAGUGAUUAAAUCAAACUUCAAACCAUCUCUGCUGGCUCAGAAGAUCGAGGUGCGUAUUCCAACCCCACUCAACACCAGUGGAGUGCAAGUCAUCUGUAUGAAAGGAAAAGCCAAGUACAAGGCUAGUGAGAAUGCAAUUGUGUGGAAGAUAAAGCGAAUGGCAGGAAUGAAGGAAUCGCAGAUCAGUGCAGAGAUUGAGCUUCUACCCACUAAUGAUAAAAAGAAAUGGGCUCGGCCACCCAUUUCCAUGAACUUUGAGGUUCCAUUCGCUCCUUCUGGGUUGAAGGUGCGUUACCUGAAAGUGUUCGAGCCAAAGUUGAACUACAGCGAUCACGAUGUGAUAAAAUGGGUCCGGUAUAUUGGACGAAGCGGGAUCUAUGAGACCAGAUGCUGAGAGCAGGGCUAAUCCAGCUGCCCUGCCCCUCCACGGCACCCACUGAAAUCCAUCGGACUCUCCUUGUUGGCCAGUACACCGUGCACUUGAUGUUGCGCAGGAGAUAGCAGCAGCUACAUCUGUAAUGUUGUGACUGCACGACCAACAAUGGAGACCCAGUCGACAAACAAUCCUGCUUCUGCCUCCUUUGAUCUUUUUUAAAAAUAUAUAUAUUCUAAUUCCUCCACCUGACCUGUCCUGUUCCCCUCAAACCGUAUCCAAAAGCAGAUCCCAUUUCAUGUCCACUUGACAUUCAGCUCAUGCAGUGUAUUUCCCAACAAUGUAAGCAUAUAGUAGUUCAAUAGAUUAGAUAAUGUAACAGGACAUACUUGGUAGACACUGAACUUCAACUGAUAAAGUGUUGUAAUGAAUGUUCUGUGCAAUCGACAGGCACCGCUAGUCCUUCCAUCAAGCUGAGGUCCAGUUGCUGCAGUGUCUUUUUGUUUCGAAUUAUUAAUCCCUGUGACUGAGAUGCUUUGCCAGAAAUGUUCCUUGUCUGUCUUUGAUUCGUGCAGUGGAGUGUAAGUUCACUGGCUGACACUUGUCUCUGUGAAAUUUCGAGCUUUGCCGCUGAGGGAGGGAUAGAAGGCACCACAUCAGGAACGACAAGGGUGUAUCAGUAUGUAUUUACUGCUCAAAAGGGAGGAACAUGUGCCUAACAUUUAUGAAAGAUAAAACACAUCUCGAUUAAUCCCAGGUCUAAUGACCAGGACCUUUGGAAGGAGGGGCAAGACAGACCUAGAACCAGAGUGAUGGAAGGUAAUUUCAGGUCCCUUCUUGCCAUGGAGAUCCCUUUUCUCUCUGCUCACACUGGCAUUGGACCUGUCUCCAUGGAGCUGGUUGGUGCAGACAACCUUGCAUUACAGCACAAGAGUUGCAUAUCCCUGUGCAUUUCUGUUAACACUGUGUAUGUGUGUCAGAUCAUGGCUACUUUGGUUAGUCGGUGACCGAAACCUGCACCAUUUUCAGAGAAGGGACGAAUGCUGAAGGUGCUCAUCUGUAAAUCCUUUUGCUUGAUGGUGUGAUUCUUCUUGAGCAACUUUUUGUGAUUGUCCAGUUAAUCUUAAUAAACCAUACAGAAUCAGA